UCAUUGUUAGGUAUUUGCGGAACACCUUGAGAUCUUUCCUUCGCAUGUGCAUGUGUGCGAGUAUAUACGAACGUCAUGGAUGCUCAAAGUCUGGUUUCAUUUUCACCGCCUAGCAGUAUGUUGUUACUUACCGGUAUUAUUGUGAUUUUGAUAUACUCAAUAUACAGAAUUGCCAAACCACGAUAUCAAAAAAACUUCCCACCUCUAAGACAAGGCUUGGUACCAUGGCUUGGAUGUGCUUUGGAAUUUGGCGUUGAACCACUUGCUUUUAUUGAUAAAAUGAGACAACAGAUGGGAGCCAUUUAUACCCUGUAUGUGGCAGGCGAGCGCCUCACCUUUCUCACUGAUGCUGACGAUUUUCACCACUUUUUUCAAUCUGCAAAUGUUGAUUUCCAGAAAGCGGUCCAAGAUCCUGUGCAGAAUAUUGCAUCAGUGAGUGAGGAGUCAUUUUUCCAGUUCCAUACAAAAGUCCAUGACAUGGUAAAGGGUAGACUGGCCUCUUCGAGGCUCGUGUAUUUUCAUGACGAUCUCUGCCAAGAGUUUGACAAGGAGAUUGAUGAAAUAGUGUCGAUUAAAGGUGCCUGUAACCUCCACCAAGUAGUUAGACAGUCCAUGUAUAAGGCUGUCAUCAAUAACUUGUUUGGGCCCGGAGUCCUCCCCACCACUGACAUGACAAAAUUCAAGAAUUUGGAAAAGAAUUUUGUUUUGUUUGACGAGUUAUUUGAGUAUGGAGCUCGUUUGCCUUCCUUUAUGAUUAGGGACUGGACUUCUUCAAAAUGGCAGUUAGUUGGGAUGUUUAAAGAUUUGUACAAAGGUAUUAAAAACAAGAAAAGGACUGAAAAUGAGACAGUUCUACAGACACUUCUAAAUCUGGUGGAUGAUAAACAUGCCCCUAACUAUGCCCUGCUGUUCCUGUGGGCGUCUCUGGCCAAUGCUGUUCCUAUAACCUUCUGGUGCCUGGUUUUUAUCUUAUCAGACCAGACUGUUUUAUCUAAAUUGAAAAGGGAGCUAGUAUCCACCUUAGGAACACUAGAGAAAGGCAAGGUAAGAAUCACAGAGGAGCAAAUCAAGGAGAUGCCAUACCUGAGAUGGUGUGUCCUGGAGGCAAUCCGUCUAAGACCUGUGGGUAUCAUAACCCGACGGGUUAUCAAGGCUUUCAAAGUUAAGGAAAUGGUGAUACCGGAGGGUGAUAUGUUGAUGUUAUCUCCUUACUGGGCCCAUCGCAACCCAAAGUAUUUCACUGCAAGUGAGGAAUUCAGGCCAGAUAGAUGGAAAGAUGCUGACCUGGAAAAGAAUCUAUUUUUAGAUGGGUUUGUGGCAUUUGGUGGUGGGAGGUACCAGUGCCCUGGAAGGUGGUAUGCCCAGAUGGAGAUACAGAUGUAUGUGGCUCUCUUCCUUCACAAAGUGGAUUGUACUGUACUCUCUGACCACGUUCCCUCACCGAGCACAAAGCAUUUGGUCGGAACCCAACAACCAGCAGAGCCUUUUCUAGUGGACCUUACGCUGAAACAGCCGUCAUAAACUGACGAAUCAAAUUCCUAGACACAUUGUUCCGCUGUGAUAACCAGCAGAGCCUAUUCUAGUGGACCUUACGCUGAAACAGCCAUUAUGAACAGACAAAUAUAAUAUAAGAAUUGAGAUGAUUAUGAAUUUCAUAUGAUUACAAAGUUUUUCAUUAUACUUCUACUUCUAAAUGGUACUGACCAACUUCUACAAUUCGAAGAUAAAAUGUCAGACGAGGAGUGAAACAUGGAAAGAGAUUGUUUUUAAAAGAUACGAGAUGGUCUAAUUCUAUGGGGUUGAUAGAUUUCGAUGAGGAAAUAUAAUUAUAUUGAAAUGAGAAUGGUGGUUGGUACAGAAGCAAAUACUGAGUAAUGGUGGUUUUAUUCAUGAACUACAUUCCAUUUUAAGAUCACAAAAAAGUAAAUCCUAAUAAUGAGUCAUUGUUACAAGCAAAUUGAUAAUAUUUUUCCUGUUUUUUUGGGGCAUUUUUAUUGAAAUGAAAAUCAAAGCAAUCCCUGUGAUAAUUUACCGCAAUCUGACAUAUUAACUAAUAUUUUAUAUUCAAUACCGGUAAAGUGUAAAAAUUAUGGUUUAUGUUUUUUACUUUUUUUUUUUCUCUUUCUUGUACAAGUAUAUAUAAAUAACAAUGUCUGUAUUUAAAUUUUUAUAUGUAAAUAUAUAUAUAUGUGACAUUGAAAUACAAGUCCCUGCCAUAAUUGUACUGUACGUAAUAUCAAAUAUAUGUAUUAGAUAGUACAUAUAUAUACAAUUUAUUGAAGGGAAUUUUUUUUAUUUUUUUUUUGAAGUUAAUUAUCAAUGAUGUAAGACUAACAUUAUAUUAGUGUUAUGCAAUUGUACACUAAUUACCUCCCUUUGACUUAUAUUACCCUAUUUUACCAGUGUAAUAUACAAUGGGUUAACAGCCCAACCACAUAUUUUUUGGCAUUUUUCCAAAUAGACCCAGAUUUACAUUACAAGAAACUAUGACAUGGUUCAGAUUUUGUUCAGUUUUGCUGCAUAUGACCAAAAAGAUAUUAGGCAAUUUUUCUAACAUCUGACCAGGACAUAUUAAAUGGUCUUAUUUUAAUACCCAUCCAUGGGGCAUGUAUUUAUUAAUUGGAAUAGCCCAAUUGUAAAACACACGUCAAAGGGUGUACUAAAAUUCAUCUUGAUUUUGCCAUAAUAUUGAGAUGUACGUGUGUUAUUUCAUGUUAAAUUAAGUCAGUCAAAUGAUUUCACACAUGUGAUUAGUGUAUUAAUUAAAUCGCGUGAUUCCGUAUUUAUAUUUUUGGAAGUUGAAUAUUGUUUUGAUCAUACAUGGCAUUUAAUUUAGAUAUUGCAGUACAUGCAGUGAAAGACAUUGCAGCCUUUCUAUCCAAAUUUUGAAUUACAUGUACUUUCAUUUUAGGAAACACCAUUAUAAAACUAUGCUAUUUUCUGUUUUGAUACAGAACUUGAAGUGAAGUCAGUCUGGUUUAUAAUCUGGCUGUCGCUAAGUGUCUACAUGUGUGCAGAUGUAAAUAUGAUAUUACAAAUGAUAUUUAAACUAACAUAUCUUAAAUUUUCAGUACCUUAAAAGCCAAAUGUUUUGCUGAAAAUUAUUUAUUAGAAAAAGCAUUCCAUGUCAUGAAAUACAAGUACAUAAUAUUUCAAUGACAUUAGUAUUGGCUGUUACUUUUAUCCAACAACCAGUUUCUGGUUUUGUUGGAGACAGAUUAACAAGAUAUGGUAUGCAUAUUCAUAAUAUAACAAUGAAUUGCAGUGUUAAUUAUACAUUUAUUGGCCAUGUGACAUGUGAAAUCUGAGGGAAAUCCCUACCCACAAGGGCAAUACAUUUUUUAUUAUAAUACAGAAAUGGAACAAUUAAACAAUAACGACUUUGAUCAGGCUAACAUCUGGAAAUGUUUAUACUUUAUAUAAAUUUGAUGUUAUUUGAUGUUUUGUAAAAUGAAGAAAGCAAAAAUAGUUCAGAAGAAAUGCUUUCAGUCAGGACUGUUUAUUUUAAUACGACAAAGCAAAUGAACGUGAAAUAUAUAAUUUUGAAGUCAUGCAGUAUUUGUGGAUGAAGCAUAUUUAAAUUAACAAAAAUUGAGUAUUUGUUUUAUCAUAAUUAUACAUAUCACAGAUUGUUCUCUAAAUAGACAUAGUAACAAGAAUGACACACAAACACGAACUGUACAGAAACUGUUAGAUAUCAUGGAUACAAUUGAACAUACUUAAGUUACAUUUUCUUAUCAAUAUGUAUAUAUUUUUGAAACACUGUUAGUUUAAAUGUUAAAAUCAAACUAGUUUUCGCUUGGAAUUACACAUUUCUAUUACGUUUGUAUUAGUAUGUUGAUUUAAAUCUUCUUGGUUAUUUAAGUUUAGUUUAAAUUUCAUUUUAUUCCUGUGAAUAGAAAUUGGGAAACAAGCGCUAACAUUUUACCUAUACACCGAUGGUUAUAUAAGUCAAUAAACUGAGAGUGAUCUUGACAUUGCCCUGGCUAUACUUAGAUAUAAAAGGUGAACCUAGCUGAUCAGAACAUGUAUUUAUUGGUGUAUCAAACUGUGCUACUACUGAUCAUACUGUUAACAGCUGGCUGUUGUAUAAGUACACCAUGUUUGUAAGUAAGUUUUUUUUUACUGCAUACUAGUAAAGUUUUGUUAACCUUGAUUUAUAAACCUUAGGUGGACUCAUGAUUGUCGCAUAUUGAUUUCAGUACUCCUAACAAAAUUCAGAAAACAAAGAUGAGAAAACUGGAUGAUGUGGUUUAAGGGUCCAUUGUACACUGACCUAUAUAAAAUAUUUCAAAAAUUAGAAUCGUUACAUUGAAAUCAAAUUGCUGAAUAUAUUCAUGAUAUUUAUGGAAUCUGUUUUAAUUCUGUAACCUGAAGAUUCAAAUAUGAUUUUAAACAUACACUUUAAUUAAAAAAUGUGCAAUGCUGUGUUAAAACAUAUCUGGUUGCAAUCUAAUCUACUACUGUAAGCGUUAUAUAUGCAUACUCAUCACACAUGCAUAGGUCAUCUUAACUCAUUAAAAGUUUGGUGC